UCCUACUCGAAGUCUAUAAAUACAAAUCGCUGAUACAUUGCUUUUCAUCCUUCGAAUUGUUCUCUCAUUCAAUUCGAUAACUUUCUCUCUCUUCUUCAAAAGCAAACUUCUUUCUUUUCUUCAAGAUGCAGAUCUUUGUCAAAACCCUAACCGGCAAGACCAUCACUCUCGAGGUCGAAAGCUCUGACACAAUCGACAACGUGAAAGCUAAGAUUCAAGACAAGGAAGGAAUUCCUCCGGACCAACAGAGAUUGAUCUUCGCCGGCAAACAGCUCGAGGACGGCCGAACUCUCGCCGAUUACAACAUCCAGAAGGAGUCGACUCUCCAUCUCGUUCUCAGGCUUCGCGGAGGUAUGCAGAUCUUCGUCAAAACCCUAACUGGCAAGACCAUCACGCUCGAGGUCGAAAGCUCCGACACGAUCGAUAACGUGAAAGCCAAGAUCCAAGACAAGGAGGGUAUUCCGCCAGAUCAGCAGAGAUUGAUCUUUGCUGGUAAGCAGCUCGAGGAUGGGCGCACUCUUGCUGAUUACAACAUACAGAAGGAGUCGACCCUUCACCUUGUCCUUCGUCUCCGUGGUGGUGAUUUCUGAAAUCCCUGCAUUUUAGUUUAUUAGGUUGUUGUGGUAGUUGGCUUGUGAAGACACUCUUUAAUGAGUAGAUAGUUUCUAAAUGUUCUAUUGUUUCGUCUUACUGCUCUUGGGUUCUAAUGUUGACUUUGUCGAAUUGAAUAUGAUUUCAGUAUAUAUACAUCUUCUUGCCAUAUGACUCUAUAUGUGAUUUGGUUUCUAUUAUUAUUAUUAUUAUUUUAAUUUUA